AAACACCGGUACGAAACAGCGGCCCAGGGGGCGCUGCGGAAUUUCCGUCCUUGUUGCUAGCUCCGUAUGCUAUUGUUUACAUACAAAAUGCCUUCGCGCUGUUGCGUACCGCAAUGUGACAGUCGUUCUGACGGCCACGGUUUUCCUCAAGAUCCGGAUAUUUGCAUAAAAUGGCGUGUGGCGAUUAGAAGAGAGGAUCCGGCAUCCAAGAAAUUAUGGAAACCAAGUCCACACUCAGUGGUUUGUCGUAAUCACUUCCUUGACAGCGACUACAAGCCAUCGGACACUGGAAAGAAAAGACGAUUGAAGAGGGGUGCAAUACCAACAGUGUUCUCCUUUAAGAAAGUGAAUGAACCAAGGAAACCUAGACACUAUGUUAUAGAUGUGGAAGAUGUUCCUGAUCUGGGAAGUGAGGUUGAAAUUUGUUCACCAGGAUGCGAUGAAAUUAUUUGUCAGUCAUAUGCUGUUGAUCAUACAGAAGAUGUGGCCAUACAGUGCAGCUUGUUGUUUGAAUCGAACUCCAGAUUCUCGAUUCAUCACAUAACUGAUAAUGACAAAGCAGUUUUGUAUUACACUGGUUUUGACAAUUAUGAUCAUUUUAUGUAUUUCUUUCAUGUACUUGGCCCCUCUGUCAAUCAUCUUUCAUAUCAGUGUUCUUUGAUACCACCAGAAGAUCAGCUUUUUAUGACUUUGUUAAAAUUCAGACAGGCAAGAGAUGAUUUUGACCUUUCCAUGUUGUUUCAUAUCAGUGAAAGUACUGUAUCAACAUUAAUUCUCACAUGGACAAACUUUUUGUACUUCCAACUGACUGAGCUAAACAUAUGGGCAUCACAUGACACCGUUCAAGAUACAAUGCCAGAAAACUUCAAGGAGCGCUUCCCAUCAACAAGGGUCAUUCUAGAUGCAACUGAGACCCCGAUUUGUAAGCCAGGCAAUGUAGAUUACCAGAGGGCCACUUUCUCAAGGUACAAGAACAGGAACACUCUGAAAACUAUGAUUGGUUGUUCUCCUCAAGGUCUUGUUACCUAUGUCAGUGACAGUUAUGGUGGAUCAACAAGUGACAGGCAGAUUAUUGAGAGGUCAGAGUUGUGCAUGCCAGGUGUGUUUUGUGCAGGAGACAGUAUUAUGGCGGACAGAGGCAUUAUGGUGCAGGACAUAUUUUCAUCUUCAGAUGUAAAAGUCAACACUCCAACAAUGCUCAAGGGUCGAAGUCAGCUUGAACCCCAAGAGGUAGUCCACGACCGCAGAGUAUCAUCCAAGAGAAUUCAUAUUGAGCGUGUUAUUGGACUUGGCAAAACUUACAAAAUUCUUAAGAGGGAGCUUCAUCCAUCAAAAGUUCCACUAGGCUCUAGAAUUGUUCGAAUUUGCUAUAUGUUGUCAAACUUUCGCCCAAGCAUUGUCAACCGACUUGCAUGAACAAAUGGCCAUUCUAAACAUACUUCACACAUUCAUGUAUGUUUGUAUGUCCUAGUGUGAGGUCUGUUCAUAGCAUUGAAAGUACAACAGUUUACUGCUAGUAGACAGGUGUGAUUGUCUACUGUGACUGUAUGGUGGGUAUUAGACACGGCUCACUGCUGUAUGAUUACUGUUUACUCUGUUCCUUAAUGAUCUUGUUCAACUAAUACAAUCCGGAAACUGCAAAGGUAUGUUUGUGAAUGAGUUAGUUGAUAAAAUUAGAACAUUGAUGUUUGCUGAUGGCAUUGUGAAUGCAAGUGACGCUAUUGUCAAAUUGCAGAAAUCAGAUGUAGCAAGCUUUUGUGGCAAAUAUGUUAUGAAUGUAAAUUUAGAUGAAACAAUUAUGAUUGUAUUUUGCAGAGGAGGACUUUUCAAACAAAUGGAAAAAUGGUGGUUCAAAGGUGAAAUACUUUAAAUUGUAUCAGCAUACAAGUGCUUGUGGAUAUUUGACACCCCAAAGUCUUAAUGGGGUUUGGUUAGAAAUACAUUAGCACAACAACCUGUAUAGCCAUGAAUAUUUUGCUCACAUUUAUAUAUACUGCAAACAUAUCUUUAAGAGUUGUGUUUAUUGUUGACAGAAUGAUUGUGCCAGUCAUUGGUUAUGGACCAGGUAUGUGGGGUUAUUCACAAGUUCAGACAGUUUAAGUGUACACAUGAGAUCAUUGUCUGUUAACACAAGUACAGAUAACGUGGUUGUUAUAGUACAAGGAUGUUUGUGGAUUAUGCACACAAAGUAAGCAUAUUUAUGUAGAAAUGUUUAUAGAUUGUGGAUCAAUUUUUAGCGACAAACAUGUAACCGUACUUUGGGCUGAAUUCUGAAUGCAAACUUAAACUUGAAAGUACAACUGGAAUGUGUGAGAAAUGUUCAAAUAUAACAACUUUAUUGUGUUUUAACAAUUGAAAUGAUGAAUAUAUGUACAUAGCACUGUACCCAUGAAGGGCCAUGAUAUUACAUACCGGGUAACGGUAAUGAAAAAAUACCAUUGAAUACAUAAUGAAAAAAUACCAUUGAAUGUC